UUCUUUUACGAAACUAGCAAUGACUUCUCAUCUCGACUAUGGCUCGUGCGUAGUUCUUUUGCAUUCAUUCUAAAACUGCGUUACUGGGAAUUGAUGCAGUUCAAAUUCUCAUGGCCUCUCGCGAUAUAUGAUUAUCAGUGUAAAAGAGGGGGAGGAACCAGUCUGCCACGAAUAUAAUGAAAACAGCCUUCAGGCGACCCAGUCAUGCGGCGUUGAUUAUGGCGAAGUAUUAGUGAGGUUAGUGAUUUCAUUGAAGGUUUGAUAAACAGCACGAAACAARCCACCUGUUAUCAAAACGCGAUAAUCAACAUCGAGUCAUUCCAGAAACUGAUACCCUAUCACAACACAUACGUCGCAGCACGCAAUCCGCACUUGAAUAAGAUUAACAUGCAUCAUUGUCUACAAGAAUAACAAGACAACACGUCCGACGUGUCUUCAAUUGGCUGGAGUACUGCGCAAGAAGCAGUUUUUUGAUCACACUGAAACAUCUUUUUUAGGCAAAAAGAUUUGAAUUCUAUUUGCUACCUGUCUAAAGGAACGAUAAUUUCACCUACAGAAUGUGUACAAUGAUAAGAAAAAGUAAGCGAYAUCAUGAACAGCUCCGUCGAGUUCGUUCAUGUCCUCCGCAACCUUUUGACUUGCUGUUACAGACUGUUUGUAACCAACAUGGAGAUUCAGAACAGGACAUUCUCACUGACGCACACAGAUUUUUGGAGUUGAUGAAGCAACAAGGUCGACCAGUAGACAUUGAUGCCAUUACAGCGUCUGGUAUGACAGCACUAACUCAGUGUGUUCUAGAUGGAAAUUUAAAGAGUGUGAAGGCGCUGGUGUUGCUCGGAGUUAACGUUAACAAGAGAGACAGGCGAGGAUGGACUGCUUUACAUUAUGCYGCAAGUGAAGGUUACAUGGAGAUUGUAAGGUUUUUGYUAAAAUGCGAUGCGAAUGUUCGCGUUCUAAGCCGUGAAGGYGAAAUGCCUGUUGAAGUGGCAGAGGACGAUGGCGUACGUAAACUUUUAACAAGAGUGACACUUUUUUACACGCCUACAAGAAACCAACAGAAACGAAGGUCKAGUUUACCAUGUUGAUAAAAUGUAACGCGGUUAGCAGCUGGAGAUUCUCAAUUUGCGCACUGAGAGCCGUGGUACAUGAUCCCAUCAUAUUAUCUAGCUUUUGGAAGCAUUUUUCUGAUUGAGAUUCUCUGAGUGAUGCAAGACAUUCAGAUAGUCAUCUAUUAAAAGCGCAAGACUUUCUGCUCGAGAAAAACAUUUUUUUUGUCUGUCAAGUUUGCGAUGACAUAAAAAUAGGGUUGUCUUUUAAUCAAGAAUUCCAGACGAUGAAUGCUGUCUUAAUUCGAUCUUAAUAAAGUAUGAAAUUAUUAUUUAUGCAUCUGCGAAUCAGAUGUAAAUUGGCUACACAUCGUGAGGUCAAGAGCUUUCAAGGGCUUAGUUCUGCCUGUAUAUUGAACCGUGUGCUUGUGUAYGUCUAUGAAACCUUGCUGUUGGUCACCGAAUCAAAUAUGAGGGCCAAGUGAACAAAGGAACAUCUGGUAUUGAGAGAUUUCUGAUGUCUUUAUUUGAUGAACUUAUUAAAGMCAAUCUUCUAAAGCUUUAUASGCAUUCUUUGUUGCUUUGUGUUCCAUGCAUCAGAGAAAUGAUUUUCACCGCGCGUUCAUGACGUGYAUUUAUACUCGUUAUCACARCACAGCACKGCAGUAGCAGUUGUAAUGACAUCAAAUAAAACAAUGUUAUCUUAAC